AUGUCAGGGUCUCCGAGUGGCAAGAUGCCUACUAAACUUGUCGCAGACCCUCAAAUUGAGAGUGCUUCUCUGCAUAACCCCCUUCCGCUUUUUCUACACACCUACGUGUGGCCGUUUCUCAUCGCAUGGCCUGUCUUCUUUGCGUUCUAUCUAAAUCCCACUUCAUAUGAUACCUACAUCCAGGGACAAGAAUGGACUUGGGUGUAUUCAGGAUCUAUAAUCACGCUACAAUCGUUGUUCUGGUUGAUGACCAAGUGGAGUGUCAAUCUGAAUACCCUUUUUACAACAACGCCCGCGUCGGAAGUUGACAUCGCCCAAUUGAUCAAAGUCAUCCCCAUUACCAAUGCCGGUGCUCCCGAAAUUUGCAAGCUACUCCGUGAUAAUACGCGUGGAAAAGAAAUAACUUCCUUUUUGUUCCAGAAACGACGAUUUCUAUGGUACCCAGAGGAGGGGAAAUUCGCGCCGUUGUCAUAUGCACUAGAUGAAGAGCCGAAGCCUGCUAUCAAGACGUUCCAAAAAUCCCGCGGUUUGCAGAGCAAAUCUGAAAUCGAGCGUAUUCAACAUCACUAUGGCGACAACACAUUCGACAUUCCGGUGCCAACUUUCGUCGAGUUGUUCCAGGAACAUGCGGUUGCCCCAUUCUUCGUUUUCCAGGUGUUUUGCGUCGGUCUCUGGAUGCUCGAUGAAUAUUGGUAUUACUCUCUCUUUACCCUCUUCAUGCUAGUCACUUUUGAGAGCACUGUCGUCUGGCAACGUCAGAGGACUUUGAACGAAUUCCGUGGCAUGAAUAUCAAGCCAUACGAUAUCUGGGUUUUCAGAGAGAACAAAUGGCAAGAAAUUACCAGCGAUAAAGUGCUCCCUGGCGAUCUUGUAUCAGUGAACCGCACAAAGGAAGACGGUGGAGUCGCUUGCGAUAUUCUGCUUAUCCAAGGUAGCGCAAUCGUGAAUGAAGCAAUGUUAUCCGGAGAAAGUACACCACUGCUGAAAGAUUCCAUUCAACUUCGACCUGGUGACGACCUUAUUGAUCCCGAGGGACUCGAUAAGAACUCCUUCGUUCACGGUGGAACAAAGGUGUUACAAAUCACUCACCCGAACCUUGGUGAUCUCUCCGAGAAAGCUGCGAAUGCUGCCUCCGGUGUGCCCAAACCACCUGACAAUGGUGCCCUGGGUAUCAUCGUUAAGACUGGUUUCGAAACUAGCCAAGGAAGCCUCGUUCGUACAAUGAUCUACUCUACGGAGCGUGUAUCUGCGAACAACGCCGAAGCACUGCUGUUCAUUCUGUUCCUUCUCAUCUUCGCCAUUGCUGCCGCUUGGUAUGUGUGGCAGGAAGGUGUUGACAAGGAUCGGAAGCGCUCCAAGCUCAUGCUUGAUUGUGUCUUGAUUAUCACAAGUGUUGUCCCACCAGAACUUCCUAUGGAACUUAGUUUGGCCGUGAAUACCAGUUUGGCUGCUUUGAGCAAAUUUGCCAUUUUCUGUACAGAGCCUUUCCGCAUCCCCUUCGCUGGACGGGUCGAUAUCGCAUGCUUUGACAAGACUGGAACUCUUACUGGAGAAGAUCUUCUCGUCGACGGUAUUGCAGGCUUGUCGCUGGGUCAGGCUGGGGCCAAGGUUGAUAAGGACGGCGCUCACACGGAAGUAAUCAAGGUUCCUGAGGUCGGCAAUGAGACUACCCUGGUACUCGCUACUGCACAUGCGCUUGUGAAACUUGAAGAAGGUGAAAUUGUCGGUGAUCCUAUGGAAAAAGCUACCUUGUCAUCAUUAGGCUGGGUCUUGGGUAAAGAUGAUGUCCUUUCCAACAAGGCCACAGGCUCUCAAAGAUCGGAAUCUGUUCAGAUCAAGAGGCGUUUUCAGUUCUCCUCAGCACUCAAGCGUCAAAGCUCCAUUGCUCAUGUCACGACUACCGAUAAGGCUUCCGGCAAGAAACACAAGGCUACAUUUGUUGGUGUUAAAGGCGCUCCUGAGACUAUUCGUACUAUGCUCGUCCAUACUCCUCCGCAUUACGAAGAGACUUUCAAGUAUUUUACCAGAAACGGAGCUCGUGUACUUGCACUUGCCUACAAGUACUUGUCCACCGACGCGGAUUUUGGCCAGGGUCGCAUCAACAACUACUCGCGCGAGAAUAUUGAGUCGGGCCUUCACUUUGCCGGUUUCCUUGUCCUUCAAUGCCCUUUGAAAGAAGACGCCAUCAAAGCUGUUCGUAUGCUCAAUGAAAGUAGCCAUCGUGUCGUUAUGAUUACCGGAGAUAACCCUCUUACUGCUGUUCAUGUCGCGCGUCAGGUGGAGAUUGUUGACCGGGAGGUAUUGAUUCUCGACGCACCUGAAAAUGACAAUACUGGAAAUAGACUUGUAUGGCGCAGUACUGAUGACAAGGUCAAUAUCGAAGUGGAUCCCUCGCAUCCUCUUGAUCGCGAGAUUCUACAGACUAAGGAUCUUUGCGUCACCGGAUAUGCAUUGGCUAAAUUCAAGGAUCUCCCUGCUUUCUCUGAUCUUCUACGUCAUACUUGGGUGUAUGCUCGUGUCUCCCCCAAGCAGAAAGAAGACAUUCUCUUGGGCAUGAAAGCUGCUGGAUACACGACUCUCAUGUGCGGUGACGGUACCAACGAUGUUGGAGCACUCAAACAAGCUCACGUUGGUGUUGCACUUUUGAACGGAAGCCCCGAAGAUCUUACAAAGAUUGCAGAACAUGCCCGCAACACCAAGAUGAAAGAGUUGUACGAGAAGCAGGUUCAGAUGAUGGCGCGAUUCAACCAGCCACCGCCUCCUAUCCCUGUUCACAUCGCUCAUUUGUAUCCCCCUGGUCCUACUAACCCACACUACCAAAAGGCUAUUGAACGUGAAGCGCAGAAGAAGGGUCAGCCCGUGCCGCCACCCGUGACGGGAGCUGUUGCAGCUCCAGCUGCCCCUGCACAGCAAGCACUCACGCCUCAGCAACUACGUCAACAACAAGCUCAGGCUACCGCCGCUGGAUUCGCGGACAAACUGACUUCUUCAAUGCUCGAAUCUGAGCUGGAUGACGAGCCACCUACCUUGAAGCUUGGAGAUGCAUCAGUUGCCGCUCCCUUCACCAGUAAGCUUGCGCAUGUCAUGGCAAUCCCCAACAUUAUCCGCCAGGGUCGUUGCACUCUCGUUGCCACUAUUCAAAUGUACAAGAUCCUUGCUUUGAACUGUUUGAUCAGUGCAUACAGUUUAAGUGUCAUCUACCUGGACGGAAUCAAGUUUGGUGAUGGUCAAGUUACUAUUAGUGGAAUGCUGAUGAGCGUUUGCUUCUUGUCGAUUUCUCGUGCCAAGUCCGUCGAAGGUCUCUCCAAAGAACGACCUCAGCCGAACAUUUUCAACCCAUACAUCAUUGGUUCUGUACUUGGACAAUUUGCCAUCCACAUUGCUACCCUGAUCUAUCUUUCCAGAUACGUUUCUAAGAUUGAACCACCAACUGGCGAAGUUGACCUCGAAGGCGAAUUCGAGCCCUCUCUUCUCAACAGUGCCGUCUAUCUUCUUCAACUCAUCCAACAAAUUUCUACCUUCUCAAUCAACUAUCAAGGUCGUCCCUUCCGUGAAUCCAUCCGCGAAAACCGGGCCAUGUACUGGGGUCUCGUCGGCGCAUCAGGCGUCGCCUUCUCCUGCGCCACCGAAUUCAUCCCAGAGAUCAAUGAAAAGUUGCGCCUGGUCCCAUUCACCGAAGAAUUUAAGAUGACGCUUUGCGUCCUCAUGAUUCUCGAUUAUGGUGGUUGCUGGGUUGUUGAGACUGUGCUCAAACACUUGUUUAGCGACUUCCGGCCCAAGGAUAUCGCUGUUCGUCGCCCUGACCAGUUGGAGCGUGAACAGGCGAGGAAGUUGGAGGAGCAGGCUGAGGCACAAGCUGAGGCGGAGAAGAAUCGCAAAGUCUAA